GCUCCUGUGGUAUUAAUUAUUUAAUGUCCUUUGAUGUGAAUAAGCAUUUUCAAAGCCUGAUAUUUUCCUUUUGAUUUAACACGUUUUUUUAUGUCACUGCCCUCAUGUUUACCCAACUAUGAGUACAAUAUACACAGUCAUUAGAUGCGGUUUUAAAGUGUGUGUAACAUUCAUUAAUAAUUCACUUGACAAUAAGCCUUCACAUUCUACACUGUGUUACAAGUCCAGCCCCCUUUUAGUCCGAGAAUGAAACUGAUUCCAUGACAGUGGCAGCUCUUGAACCGCCCGCCUGUGACAAGGUUUGCACUGCUGUGUCUGGAGUCUCAGGUUUCACCACUAAUCCUGUAUCCUGUAGUUGUUUUUCCCUCCACAUAGCUGAGUCAGCAUGGAUGGACAUACCGUGCAACUUUUGACAUGAAGCAAAAGAAUCUUCACUGUCGCACUGGAGCACCAAACGAUUAAGUGUUUGAAGAAUGGACAGCAGCCACCAGGAGGAAGUAACAUGCAACCAGGAACCAGAGUUCACCGGACCUGCGUCGUCCAAAGAGAAGAAGAUCAUCUACUUCUCCAGCGGUGAAACCAUGGAGGAGGACAGUGAGGAAGAAGAGGAGGAGUCCUUAAGCACGGCCCCUUUCAGGGAAACCGCAGAGAAGACUAGGAUCUCAUUCAGAAAGCUGGCCUUUCUCGUUGGGAGGAUUUCACUGCUGACUUGUGAUUUCCUUGGAGAGAGACUUGCUGGUGCACUUGGACUGAAUGCUGCCAAAUACCAGUACGCUGUAGAUCAAUAUCAGCGUGAUCACAAGAAACCAAGCAGCAAAACCCCAGGUGGCAUCAUGGAGGGACGUGGAGAGAUGAUCCACCUCUCUGCUCGACAGGAUCGGAGUCAUUAUGGAGCUACAGGCGAAGCAAGAUGCUCAGACGAUAACCACACAAACAGAAAAGAUGGAUACCACAACGGAAGCUAUCAAGCAGACGAGGAUUGUUUGAAAUAAAACAAGGAGAAUGAAGCAAA